AAUUUUAUAUGGCAUAGGUAUGUUCUUUUGCAGCACAUUAUAAAAACACAUUGGUGAACAGUGACAGAAAAUAGUAUUAAAAACGCUAUAAACUUUAACGAUUUUUAUAAAGUUGAUUGAAGCAAAAGCAACUAUGGCCUUAAUAAUUGAAAAUCAAAAAAUUCUCGAAUUCCUUGAACUUGUUGGGCGUUUGAAGCACGUAAAAAGAACUGGCUGGGUGCUAUGCAAUAUUGAGGAUUGUGAAUCGAUUGCCGGACACAUGUAUCGUAUGGGCCUUAUGACCUUUUUGCUCACAGAAGAAAACAAUCCUACUAAAUUAGAUCGCUUUAAAUGCCUACAAAUAGCAUUAGUUCAUGAUCUGGCCGAGUGUAUUGUUGGUGACCUAACACCGCACUGUGGAGUAUCUCCUGAGGAAAAACAUAGACAAGAAGAUGAAGCCAUGAAGAAGAUUGCUGAACUCACUGGUAUAGCUGGUGACAGGAUGUAUGACUUAUAUAAGGAAUAUGAAAACCAAAGUUCUCCUGAGGCCAAAUUCGCUAAGGACUUAGACCGCUAUGAUAUGAUUUUACAAGCUUUUGAAUAUGAAAAACGUGAAAAGGCUCCAAAGAAAUUGGAAGAAUUUUUCAAGGCCACUGAAGGAAAAUUCAAUCACCCAUUUAUAAAAGAAUUAGUUAAAGAACUGUAUAGACAAAGAGAAGAGUUUGAGAAGAAAUGCCUUCUUAACGGAAAUGCCUAAUUUAAUAAUUUACUGACUCAAGUAAAAUGUUAAUAAAAAAGCAUUGUGUCUUACACAACUUGAACAACUUUGCUUAUAUUAGUUGAUUUUAAAUUGCAUUAAAAGGAAAAGGGCAAUAAAAUUAUACAUUGAAUUUAUAUGCACUAAGUUUAAAUGGCUAACACCAGUUAUUAACCUUCUACUAGUUCUUAGACUGGUUUCAAUUUCAUCAGAUGCUCUUCUUGAGAUACUGGAUAAAUUGUGUGAGUGAUAGUCAUUUAUAUUUAAUAUAUAACAAUAUCCCACGAAAGUUGAAA